AUGAAUGAGCUUGUACGCGUUGGCAACUACCCCCCUAGCGACCUUACCCAGAUCAACACCAACUUCCCGACAGCAUCGAAAUAUUUCCAGGAACUUGCUAGACAACACUUUCUCCAUCUCAAGCACCAGCGUAAUAACGCUAUUGAGGACGAGCAAAGCUGUCGAAAAAUGUAUAUUGCUCGAUGCCUCUUCCGAAAUAUCACGAGACAGAUACCAGCACAAAGCGGGCCGUUUCGACUAUACUGCGAUGACUUACGUCCCGCCAAUGUCCUCGUCUCGGAACCCGACUUUACUGUCGAGGCCGUCAUUGAUUGGGAAUUCGCCUACUCUGCCCCUGUGGAAUUCUCCCAGGCGGCCCCCUGGUGGCUAUUAUUCGAGAGCCCCGAGGCGUGGGAGUCGGAUCUCUCGGAAUUCCUCGAGCGCUAUCAGCCCCGCCUCGAGCUCUUCCUCAAAGAGAUGAGGGCCUGUGAGGACUCCCGGAUACAGGCGGGGGCUAUGCACGAGUCGGACCGGCUAUCGGGGCCCAUGGCGGCCUCUAUGACGAAUGGCAUGUUCUGGCUCUGCCUCGCGGCUAGGAAGAGCUUUAUGUUUGACGAUAUCUACUGGACCUUUCUGGACGAAAAGUUCUUUGGUCGCUUAGAUGCGCUAGAGGAUAGACUGUCUCUGUUAAGUGACGAGGAGAGGGAAGGGAUUAACGGGUUCGUCGAGGAAAAGAUGCGGCAAAAGAGCGAGUGCACCUUGGAUGAGCAUCUAACCUUUGACGACCUUUUUGCCCUUUGA